GCUCAGUUGUGAGAUCAGCUGAUUCUACGCUGCCAUUUUGUCCGGCAGAGCAGCAGUCAGUCAGUCAGUCCGUGCGGAGAAAGCUGUGAGGAGACUUCCCAGACAGCGUCACCGGACUGUUGAAGGGGGGGGGGAAACACCCGGUAAUGUGGUCGUAGCAUCCGGAAAACAGCACCAGCCGAACCAGGGGACUCCGAAGGGAAAGGACCGAGCCAAAGGAGCUGUCAUUUUCAACUUACCGGGUCCGCCGGCUGGGCUCGGCAUCGCUCGUCUCGACUCGACUCGGCUCGCUCUCUGCUUGGCUAAUCUCUUUAGCUCUUCGGCUAGCUUCUCGCACCUUGAGGAGGAAGGGGAAACUGCGCUUUUCCUGGCUGUCAGUGUUGCAGUAACCUCUGACAAACUUUGAAUAAUGCUCUCUUUAAUUCCUUCUUACUUUCCCCACCGGAGCGGGCUCCAAACAGGCACUUUACUCGGGAAGCAGUGAUAGCGUUAACAGCAGAGCUAACAAGUUGACGUCUAGGAGGAACUCAAGUUUUUCUCCUUUUUUUUUUUUCAUUUUUUCUUCAAAGCUUUGAUUAAUUUUUUUCUUUUUACACGGAUUACUUCUUUUUCUGCCAUACCGGACCCGGACUUGUCGCUUUUGGAGACUUCAAACAAAGAAUUCGGGUUUUGAAGCAGCCUGUUAGCUAUGUUUAUUUGUGGCCAGAAAGUGAUUUCAAGUGUUUCCAGAUUCCACUGUGGGACUCUUUCCUGGUUCGAGUACUGCAACGGAAACAUUAGCUAACACACACUAGCCCACAACAGCGUCCUUCUGCUUUAUUUACUUCACAAAUACAAGGAAUUAACUUUCCUCCUUCUUCUUCUUCUUCUUCUUCUUCUUCUUCUUCUUCUUCUCCCGUUUUUGCCACCCAGACAACUCAUCUCCAAAGAUAAACUGCUGGUUAAGUCAAAUCGGUUUUGCAGCAGCGGUGAUCCGGAGCUUUGUCUGAAGUUUAAAGUUCUGUCCCGGAUUGGAGCCGAUCCUUUGAUUGGGUCGUGGUUCUGUCUGAUUGAGUUGAGGGGGGGGGGGAAGAAAAAACCAACAGCGAUGUCGGGCCAGUCUAUUACGGAUCGGAUCGCUGCGGCGCAGCACAGCAUGACGGGCUCUGCCAUCAGCAAGGCGGUGUGCAAAGCCACCACACACGAAGUGAGCGGACCUAAGAAGAAGCACCUGGACUAUCUGAUCCACUGCACCAAUGAGAUGAACGUGAACAUUCCCCAGCUGGCAGACACUCUUUUCGAGAGAACAGCUAACUCAAGCUGGGUGGUGGUCUUCAAAGCCCUCAUUACCACCCACCACCUCAUGAUGUACGGCAACGAGCGUUUCAUCCAGUACCUGGCCUCCAGAAACACUCUGUUCAACCUCAGCAACUUCUUGGAUAAGGGAGCUCUGCAAGGUUACGACAUGUCAACCUUUAUCAGACGAUACAGUCGCUACCUGAACGAAAAGGCCAUGUCCUACAGACUGGUGGCUGUGGAUUUCACCAAGAUGAAGAGAGGCGUUGACGGCGUGAUGCGCACCAUGAACGCAGAGAAGCUCAUCAAGACUCUGCCCAUCAUCCAGAACCAGCUGGACGCUCUGCUGGACUUUCAGGCCAAUCCUAACGAGCUGACCAACGGAGUGAUCAACUCGGCCUUCAUGCUGCUCUUCAAAGACUCCAUAAGGCUCUUUGCUGCGUACAAUGAAGGAGUCAUCAACCUAUUGGAGAAAUACUUUGACAUGAAGAAGAACCAGUGUAAAGACGCUCUAGACAUCUACAAGAAGUUUCUUUACAGAAUGACAAAGCUGUCGGAGUUCCUCAAAGUGGCUGAGCAAGUUGGAAUAGAUCAGGGUGACAUCCCAGAUCUCUCACAGAAAACUAAAGGAUCAUACAUUGCCCCCAGCAGCCUCCUGGAGGCUUUGGAGCAGCACCUUGCCUCUCUGGAGGGCAAGAAGACGAAGGAGUUGAAUGCGGACACAAGAGCGUCCACCUUGUCGAGUGCCGUCUCGUCUCUGUCCUCCACCGGCAUGUCCUUCAGCCGCAUGGAUGAGAAAGAGAAGCAGCAGGCCUUGGAGGAGGAGCAGGCCCGGCUGCAGGCUCUCAAGGACCAGCGGCUGAAGGAGAUCAGCAUGCAGACUCCACCUUCCGCCUCCCCCAGCAGCCAGUCGGUCGGCAGCGCCAACAACAACAACCACAUCUCACACACCCCGGAGUUGUUUGGCUCCGUGCUGAAUGCAAACAGCGUCCCCAACCUGAACAGCGACCUGUUUGAUCUUCAGCCGGCCUUCAUCCCCGCCGUGCAGAGCACUCCUUCCAUCUCCAAUGCCAACAGUGCCUGGGGAGGACCGGAGAGCCAGCCGCUGCAGCAGACCACCCCGGCCAUGACUGUAGAUUUCGAUGCCGUGUUCGGGAAUAAGUCCACACCCAGUAACAACGGCCCACAACCUGCAGCCGGUUUCGAUGCUCUCGGAGACCUGUUAAAGCCCACAGUCACCGCGCACACCGCACCACUUCCUCCUCCUCCUCAAAUGGCCAUCCAUCCUGGAGGAAAGCUGCUAGCAAAUGACCUCGACUCCUCUCUGGCCAACCUUGUGGGCAACCUGCAGUUUGGAUCUGGAGCCAAGAAGCCAGAGAUGCAGUGGAACCAGCCUGGUGAGAAGAAGCUAACCGGUGGCCAAAACUGGCAAAAUAAGACCAUGUCGACCACACAGUGGAGCCCCGCGCCCAUGGCUCCACAGCCCAUGCCUGUGCCACAUGUGAAUGGAAUGUUCUAUACUAGUUAUGCUCCAGCGCCAAUGGCUUUCCCCAUGACCACACCACAAGUGCCUGUGUAUGGAAUGGUCCCUCCCCAGAUGGCUCAGAUGGGUGGGGUACCUGUGAUGGCUCCACAGCCGAUGAUGUACAACCAGCCUGUUCUCAGACCCACCAACCCUUUUGCGCCCAUGCCAGGAGCCCAGAUGCAGUUUAUGUAAUCCAUUCAGGGGGAAGCUGAGUGCCAAAAGCGACAAAGCAGCAGAAAAAAAAAAACCAACAAAAAACUCACGAGAGGACGAUCGAACGGAGGGAGGAACGAUUUGAUUAGACGAACGAAGAGACACAGACAAGCUGACCGAAACAGAAGGAGGCGAUGAGGGGCGGAGGGGGUGGGACUCUUGUCCCGGCUGGAACAACUGCUAUUGUGUGUGUGUGUGUGUGUGUGUGUGUGUGUGUGUCUGUGAGUGUGAAGCUUCUCUGUGUUUAUCAUUUGUGUUUUAAAUCGUGCAGACGGAGGGAUGGGAUGGACGGACGUCUGGUUUUCACCCAGUCUGUUCGGUUCGGUGUCUGGAUCCAGAAUUAGCUUUAUUUCAAACUGGUGCUAUUUUGUCCUCUCUGAGUUCCUGUCUGCCUGCAACAGCAACUUGGGAGCACUUAUAAGAGGACGUGUGUGUGUGUGUGCGUGUGUGCGCGCCUUUGUGUGUGUUCGCAGCAGUUGUUCCAGGUAAUACAGCCUUUCCUCCCCCCUGAGUCGCUGUUUGUUUUCAGAGAGAAACGUAGAGGCACAUUUUUUCAAGUAUGUUUCCUGUAUUUUUCCAAUCCGUGUAUUUUUUUUUCCCCUUCUGUUUUCUUUGCCUUUAACGUUAUCAGGGCUUGUACAGCAGUUUGUCAGAGUGUCAAACGGUAGCCGAGCGUUUUCUCCUCAUGGCUUCUUAAGCUCUGCCACUCGCACAUCAAGACGGGAGAUCAAUGAAACGUUGGGACAAAAAAAAAGAACACAAAUUUGUCUCAAGGGCUCGUCCCACCAGGGAAACGCAGCAAAACAUGUCCAGAUGUUGCGGAGAUUGUUGACUUCCAGAUGCGUCGUGAAAACUGCUGGAAACCUGCCAGUCAGUGUUUCUAGUCUGCUCAAGGAUUGGGUUCUCCACGUACAAUGUCACAUGAAACUGAUCAAAUUUGACCCCAAAAGUAAUCAAUGAAGCUGUGUAUAUAAGCAAAAAAAACAAAAACAAAAAAAAACAAACUUGUGUGUACGUUUUUUUUCUUCUCACAUGGACUGUUUACCCAUCUGUGCAAAGAUAGUGAACAUUUUUAUUGCAGUCAGUAGAUGCUCAGAUUGUGUGUGUCUCUUUAAAUCGAGGGGCUUUGUGUGCGUCUUCCUCAGUGAUUGAUGAGAAACAAAUCCAGCACCCUGAGGUUACGGCUGUUCUUAAAGGGACAUGCACAGUCUUCUAGUCGAGCAGUAAAGGGAUAGUUUGAAAUCUUUUAAAGCAAAGUGCCUGUUGAGAGGCUAUCUUCAGGAGAGAGCGAUACGUUUAUAUUCUCUGGAUUCGAAAGCUGAAGCUAACGUCUGAAAUGUACCAAGUUUAAAGCAAAGAGGAAGAAGUCCAGCCUCAAAAACUUCUGAGCGGUUUCUGCAGAUGAAGCUUUACAUUGGGUACUUGUUUACAAAGAAAUAUUAUUUAUAUGACAGAUUGAUAAACAAAUAUAUUCUAUACGGGAAGUUCCUAAGUCCAGGUAUCUAAAAAUCAUAAAACAAACACACACAAAAAUACAGAACUACUAAAAAAGCAGCAACAUAAAAACAGGUUGGAGGUAGUGUGCCAUCAAUAAUCUUUAAAUCUUCAAUUUAAAGUACCUUAAAACCACAUGUAUAACAGCAGUUUAAAUGAAUGCUACUUUAUUGGUUGUCACACUUUUUAUGUCUUAUUCUGACAGAAAAUUCUCAAUGUUCCAACCUUGGUACACGUUUCACACAGGAAGACAUUUGGAGGCGCACCACCUCCUAUCUCUGCCUAAAUAUCAGCUUAUUUGUAAAUAACUACCCAAAGUAAAAGCUCAUAAAGUAGUGUUCGGAUAACUGAAAACCUUUUAACAGAGCCUCUCCUUAAAAAGCCUGAAUGUUCCUUUAAAGAAAAUGUUUUGUUGUUUUUUGUUUAUCCGUGUUGAAUAUUCAAAGUAUUUUUGGCUGACGAAAUUGUUGCUGAAUUGCCGAUUGAACUGUUGCCACGACAAUAAGGAUGAAAUGUGUAUUUUUCUGUCCAGCGGGAAUCUGGUCCUGCUUGUGACGGUCGCUAGGCGACCCGCUUGGAUCGGUCCAGACUUUUAAAACCAAUAGAUGCGGCUCCCUUUCAGCAGAUCCACAUCAUGAUUGAUGAUGCUGAUGAUGGCAGCAGCAGCGCCGAGCGAGUUUGUUACUGAAUCGAGUCGACUUCACUUUCAAUUGCACUGAAUCAGAGCGAGAGGCGGGAAGCGCGCGCCGCGCCGCUCCACGGUAACGGUGGGUGGGGUGGUGGGGGGCCGCGGCGGCGCCUCUUCAGGCAGAACAUCCGUCCUCAUGAGUCGUGGCUGUUUGUGCAUAUUGCACCGUGGGCUGUUCUCACGUGUAUGCUUACACAUUUUUGUGUACGACUUUUUUUUUUUUUCUUUUUUUUCCAUCGAGGGUUACUUCUGAGGGUCAAAUUUUAAGUCGUACUUUAAGUCCACAUGUUUGAUACAAUUUAUUUUAUUUUUUUUUCUAAAAUCAAAAUAUUGCAAAAAUGCACAUGCGAAAAAAGUUGCACUGAAGUGGCUAACUCCCAGCAGUAGAGCUGUCGAGGUUUCUUUAAGGAUAGAUUUGUUUCCGGGUAGUUUUGUAGGGUUUAAAGAGCUCUCUCGUCUAUCGGCCAUUUUGCCGACUAACGUUUCUUUCUUUUUUUUUUUUUUUUCCUGCCACUCUAAAGUUGAACUUGAAGCUUUGUGUAUUCCCAUCAGGGUUCGGCAUUCCAUCGGUGACGGUCCGGCCUCAAACUCAUCGUCCGCUCUGCUGUGAAUCCGCCAGAAUGUCGCCUCAGUUUUGCCAGCAUCGCUGAUCUAGUGCUGCAGCACCUAUUUUUGGCCUGUUUAGUCUGUAUUUAGUCUGUGUAGAUAUGUAAAGUGCUUACAGUUUCUGUGUAGAUCGUCCCGGCUGUCGCUUUGGGUUAGACGCUGCUCUUUAAAAUCUUCUCGUCAGUCUUGUGUUAGCUUAGCCUAGCUUCUUAUCCCGCCGUAGGUUCUCCCGCUGCGUCCUGUCCUCUCUGCUGGUGUCCACCAAAUGAUAGCUGUCAGUGUUUUUUCGUCCUUUAGCUGUAGAUUUUUUAAAAAAGUUUCUCUCAGGCUUUGUGGUUUGUUUCUCUCAAACUCUUCUUUUCUUGCAACUCGCAUUAAUCCAGUAUUCCAGCAUUCUUCCGUUUCUCCGUGUCUGUCUUGUUCGCCCCUGAUUGGACCUGAACAGCAAAGCACACACACAGAUUUUCAGUUUUUUUUUUUUUUUUGUGACAAAUCAAUGUGAUGAAUGAUCAUUUUGAAGACCAGCUCUUAUCCUUGUGAAAGUUAGCUUUGGCUAAAGGCCAGUGUUCUCAGUUUUCCUCCCUUUUUUGUGUCAGAAUGAAGGUAAAUAUGUAGAGAAUCGUGAAUACUAACGUCUCUGGGAGAUGCAGAUCUAUAACGUGGCCUUAUGAACAUUUAAUGGGAUUAAAAGGCUUUUUAAACAUGUUGAAAUCACUGUUAUUGCCUCAUGUUGAAGUUUUAAGACCAGAUCCUGAAAUUAGUGAUAAAGUAGCCUACCUGAACUUGGCCAACUUGGCCCAUGUGAAAUUUCAACUAGAGACGUUCCGAUCAGGAUUUCUUGCAACAAUUAAUAUACUUUAAAUUCUCAUCAGCUUUAAAAUGCAGAACAGUAACAUUUCAGUUUAAAGAAUAUCACUUCCUGCUUUGGCUGAUGCUGAUUUUCAUGCAGUAGAAGUUUCUUGUAGUUAACUAUAGCGUCUUUUCUCGCUUUUGGACGUUUGGAAAUUUCAGCUGCUUUCUGCACAGCUUUCCCUUACCGCAGCGCAGAGAGUUGGUCACAUUAAACAGAUAUUAGAGGAAAGUAUUAGCUGACAUAAAGUCAGAGAGUAAUCACGGAUCGUUUUGAUAGUCGUUCAAAGACAUGGAUAGGUUUCUUUUAAAAAUGCCUUGAUCAGAUAUUUUGGAUCACGUUGGGACAACCUUAGUCGUUAUCCUCCUCAUGGUUCCACUCACCUGACUUGGGGUGGAAACUUCUGGAUGUUUUUAGCCGUCUUCUGUUGAGGGCUUCCUCAAAGAUGUCAUUCAGCAUGGUAGAUUUGGACAGUACCAACUUUUAGUGACCGAAAGUUUGGUUUAUGACGAGAGAGACUUGAACUCUGGGUCUUCAUGAGGUUUUCAACCCUAAAAUCUCCUUGUUGCAAAGCAGAACGGCUGGCCUCUCGUGAGACUUUCUCCAGACCAUAAUGACGCAGCUCGCUUUUCCUCGACUCCAGCAGUUUCUCUACAAAUGAUUGACAUAUUUAGCUUUUUUAUGUUCAAGGCAGGGGAUUGUGCUCUUAGGCCAGUCUUCGUCAGCCAGUAAUUAUUACAGCUUUAUUGUAUAGGUUUGACUCUCUGGACAGGCUCUCGACUUGGUUUGAGGCUACCUUUCUGGACUCUUAAAGUAGCUGCUGUAUCUUUGCGUCGUUGUAGCAUGAAGCCAAUGCAGAGGAUGAUCAACUACGAUGUCAAAUCCAAACGUCUGAUUUCUACGAUUGUAGCAGACAUUCAGAGAGCAGGGUCCACCCUGGCGAACGGCCGCUCAGUGAGCGCAUGGUGUCGUCUUUCUCAGUGUUUUCGUCCUCAAACGCAUGACAGCAGUGGCCACCUCCCUCCUCUUGUUGAAAUAAGCGAUCCAAACUAGGCGAAGGGACCGAUUGAUCGGACUCGACCAAUCACUCGUCCGUCCAGGGAACCUUUCGGGCUGAAACCGAUACAGGUUUUUUUCUGUUUUUUAUUUGGACUGUUGAUGAAUGAGCCAGUACAACGAAAAGCGUUGCCAAACUUCUCCGGUGUUCUCCCAAAGAGCUCGCUUUGUUUUCUCCUGCGGCACACGCCCUCCGCCAUUGACGUGGGCGACGUUUGUGGCAGAACCAGAACCCGCCAACCUGAACAAAGAGCGCGCGAGACAGAGAGAGACUUUGAUAGAUGUCCUCGUCUUGUCAGUGAGUUGGUGUGUUCAAAGAUUUCUUCUUCGUGCACGCUCAGAUAUUUUAUUUUUUACAUAGUUUUUUUGUUGUUGGGUUUUUUUUUGGUAAACCCCCAACCCUCGGAUUGCUGCCUCACUAUUCUGUAUAUAAAGAAACUCACGCGCGACAACGCAGCUUACAGGCAUACCCUCAUAAUCCACGUUUAUUUUCAUCUACCCAUUUUUAUUUUACCUGUACAUGAAGAUAUUAGCGUCUUAAGUAAGCGUGCAGGCCUGACUCCCGCCGUGGUGGGAGCGGGCUGAAACAGACGGACGGAGCAGAUCUGGAGGGCUGCGAACCGUCGCCGUACAUCAGGAUCAGCCGUGACUUCUCAGCGAUGCCAAAUGUUAAUCUGUCUCUCUUUUCUCCUCCGUCUCCUCCCUCUCUCCUGUCCCUCCCCCCCCCCUGUCUCUUUGUACAUUGUUUUCUAUUUAUUUAAAAGCAGAAAUAUAUGGAGUGUAUCGAGCAUGGAAAGGCAAACAAAUGUUACAGUUGAUUUUAAAAAAGAAUAAGGAUGGGCUUUUAUUUUACAGCAAGUAUAUUUGUUUAUUCUAGGGAUUUGGUUCCUCUCUAUUUUUUUGUUUCUUUUUUGGAAGAAUAAAGUCAUUUUCCAUUCCUAA